CUAACUUACUUACUUACUUUCUCACUUACUAACUUACGUACUUACUUACUUACCACAUCAAAUAUAUUUUCUCUCUCUUUUAGAAUGUCUAAAGAGGAUUUAAUUCAAAUCUGUGGUCUUGCCGAUGGCAUACGCAUGUUUAACAUUUUACGAGCCAAAGCCAUAACACCACGUUUAACUUUCUACGUCAGUUUAGAUGGGAAUAAUUUUAAUGCCGUAUAUCUUAUAUCAAAUACAUCUAAAGAACUAUCACAAAAACUUUUUAAACUUCCAGGAUUUUAUGAAAUUAUAGCCAAAAGUUCAACACACAAUGGCGGUCCUGUGCCCGCUACUGGCGGCGGUAACAACUCCCUGAUGGACAAUUCAACACCAUUUCAUGCAUGGGGUAUGCAUUCGAAAUAUUCGGGAAGUGGUUCAAAUAUAUUCAAUGAUGUCAAUAAUAAAAGUUUAAUUUAUGUUACCGGUCCCGCUGGUAUACAUGUCGCCGUUACCGAUGAAGUUUUAAAUAAUGAAAUACGUGAUGGUAGUUUAUAUGGUCUAGAAGUACAAAAUGGAAAAGUUAUUAUGAAAUUAAUCAAUAAAAAUGAAAAUUAGUUAUAAAUAUUUACAUACACACAUACAUUUGUGCAAGAAAAAUGCAUUUAUGUUUGGAAUUUCUUUUAUAUGAAAAUGAAUGUUAUCGAAAAAAUUCGUACUCUGCAUUUCGAUAUUAUAAAAUUAAAUUACUUUGCAAACAUAGAUAGAUUAAUUUAAAAACUAUAAAUUGGUUAUUUUAUUGAAAAAAUUU